GAGGAGUUCAGUUCAGCGUAAAAAUGAAGUUAUGUUUGUUUGUGAAACAGAGGCCAAGGGUAUUAGAUUUUGCUGAAAUGGAACUGUGAACCUUGCAGUUUCUCAAUUCUAAACACCCUUCCUCAUCUGUCUACCCAUCAGAACAAUUUCAAACUCUGUGACCUGACCUUUUCUUUCAAUCGCUAGCAUUGGCCUUGCCCUUGCCUGCUAGGGUUUGGACUGUGGAGUUUCUCUUUGCUCAGACCCAUGAGGCUACUAGAGUUUUGACCGCUCACUUCACCUUCUUCUGAUAGGAGACAACAAGUUAUUGUAACUCUCUAGAUAUGGGGUGUCUAGUGUCAACGCCAAAGGAUUCUGGUGGAAAUAGGAGGAGGCCAGGAAACAUUGGUGAAAUUUCUGUGUAUGUACCGGGUUUACGAAUUCCCAAGCCUGUUGACUUUUUUCAAUCACUCGGCAGUCACUUGUCAAAAACAUUAGUGGAACGCCUUACCGCCUUGAGAACUCGUAUAGUUGUUAUGGCUGGCCAAGAAGGCCCUACAAUUACAAGAACAAGGAGGAAAACACAGCAUGGGGGUUCAACGUUGGCAGAUCUUCAUCAGGCUCUUGAGGACUACUUGCCUGUGCUUUUGGGAUUAGUUAAAGAUGGAAGCCAGCUACAAUUCAAAGUUCAGUUUAUUUGGGUAAAUCAGGAGGAUGAUGCUGAGGAAACAGCCAUGUUUAAUGCUUGGUAUGAGGUGUUGUCAGUAUUGCAUUUGAUGGCGAUGUUAUCAUUAUCACAAGCCAACUUAUUGCUUCUUCCAAGGACUUCUGCUGAUGGUUAUCAACCAAAAGUAUCAGAAGAAAGCAGGCGAGCUUCUAUUGAUAUUUUCUUGAAGGCAGCUGGAUACUUGGAUUGUGCUGUCAGACAUGUUCUCCCUCAGUUGCCAUCUGAACUCAGGAGAAAUUUACCAGUAGACCUAGCAGAAGGAGUUCUUCGAGCACUUUGUUUGCAAGCAUUAGGGCAGGGUGUUGAUAUCCAGCUUGGAAUGGCAAUUGAUAGUACCAAGGCUACUCUUGCUGUGAAGCGAAGGCUUGCAUGUGAGAUGGUAAAGUACUGGCAGCAGGCUCAAGAUAACGUUAUGAAUCUUCCAUUAUCAAAUGGCUGGGGUGAAAAGCAUCGACAUUUUGUGAAGUGGAAAUACAUUGAAGCUAGGGCUGCAGCAUAUUAUUAUCACGGAUUAAUCCUCGAUGAGGGAAAUACAGAGAAAUCCCAUGGAAUGGCUGUAGCUGCUUUGCAAGCUGGUGAUGAAUAUUUCAAAGAAAGUAAGAAGGCCUGUGAGGUGUUUAAUGCAGUUCAUCCUUUAUCCAGAAAUCCACCCCUUUGGGGAACAAUGAAGUAUCUCUCUGAGAAAAUUCCAAAGGACACUUCUAGCAAGGUGCGGAUAAACCGUGACCUCUACUCUCAUGAAAAAAUCAUGGAGACAGCUCCAACUUUACCAGAUUUUGCUUUAGCGUUGAAACCUGAUGAAUAUCAACUACCUCCAGCGGAUCCCUCAUGGAACGAGAAUGUACAGAGCCACAUUGGCGUUAAUCAGGUCAAGUCUGAUAAAAGAUAGUUGGUAGUGAUAAUUCUUGUAUCAAAGAGAUACAAGGGCCAGCCACAAAACAAAAUACGGAUAUAGCUGGAAAGUAGGUGGACUUCUCCAAUUGUUGUGUGUAGCAGAGGUCCAUCCGCUUCUAUCUUUUCAUUUUCUUAUUUCUUCACAAUAUCCUUUUUCCCCAUAAAUAUGCUGUAAUAAGGCCUUGCUCAAGCUCAUGUUGCGUGUAAAUUGACCUAUUGGGAGUUGUUCUGAUAAAUGUAUGCCCUUUUCUUCUUUUCA